GUUAAACAUAAGCUUUGCCUUUCCAUUUUUGUUGCUAGAUUGUGAUAGGGCUGUGCAGAUCCCGGUGUUUCACAUUAUGGAAAGAUAAAAGGCGGCUUCGUAACCUAUAACCCAUGGAGCUCUUCUUCCUCCAAGUAUAAUAAACCACCACUUCUUCCUCUACCUUUGGCCCCUCUUCUUUCUGCGCCUUCUCAUAUAAGCACAACGCUCGAAUUGCGCUUUGCACGGUCAGAAACGUCAACCUCGGGCUAAGAAACAACCCUCAUCUAACACACAAAUAGACUUGCCUCGAUCGAUCUGGUCUCCCCGUGGACUCGAACAAAGUCAACCAUGAGCUCACAUGACGAACAGCGUCCACUUCUGGAAUCCUCGGAUCUGAGCGGACCACGUGCUCCGCCACAUCAGCAUAAUGAUUCAACCCGCCGAGCAUUCCUUACCGCGGUUCUUUGCGCUUUGAUUAUAUUCGUCUAUUCGCUGGGAUCCGCAACUAUGCUCACUCCUAUGUCCAAGAUCUUCGAGGACAUAAUCUGCCACAACCACGCGAGGCGGCAACCGCAAGCCCACCAUGCCCUGGGAGAAGACCGCUGCAAGGCUCCGGAUGUGCAGUCCGAGCUAGCCAGUCUCCAAGCCUGGUCAGCUACGCUGGAGUACAUCCCUGGAUUGCUGGUCGCUGUACCCUAUGGAACAAUCGCUGAUAGGUUUGGCCAUAAGCUGGUACUGAGUCUAUCGUCGACCGGUGUCAUGCUACAGAUGCUGGCCCAAAUCAUCAUCUGUGCUUUUCCCGAUACCUUGCCGCUCCAGCUCAUAUGGGUCACUCCCGUCCUCGGCUUGAUCGGUGGGGGUACAGCGGUGUUGAUUUCAAUGAUAUAUGCUGUGGCCAACGACAACAUACCUGACUCCCAACGAUCGACUGCUUUCUUUUAUAUCGGCGCAUCGGCUCAACUCGGCCAGCUACUAUCGAGCCCGAUAGCGUAUAUCACGAUGCGUCGCGACGUCUGGCUUCCUGUGUGCUUAGGUUUCGGGCUCUUCGUCCUUGCCACAACGUUGUGCAUGCUUAUCCCGAGCAAUGCGCCCGAGCUAGUGAGGCAAUCGCAACGCAGCGUUAGCCCUAGCGCCUGUAAUGCCGAAUCAAUUCAUAGAUCGAGUAGCUGGGCUCGCAAUUUGAUCAUCAAGUCUGGCGCUGCGCUGAAAUGGAUAGCAUACGACAACCGACCCGUAGGAUAUAUGCUUACAAGUCUUCUCGUGACAGUGACGGCAAAAUACGCAGCGGCUUUAGAGCUUCAGUACAUUACGAAGCGAUACGACUGGUCAUGGGAAGAGGCCGGCCUGGUCGUCUCUGCUCGACCUAUUACGAGUCUGCUCCUUCUCACUAUCGUUCUACCGGCACUCGGUAGUAUGCUCCUGCAAAGAGGGUUCACACCUCUGUCGAAAGAUCUCUCGAUGGCACGCCUAAGCGUAUUUAUCUUUGGCAUAGGCUCCCUGCUUCUUGGUCUGGCCGAAACACGCGUUCUGGCGUCGGUAGGGAUUAUACUAAUGGCAUGUGGUGCUGGGUUUUCUGUGCUUGCCCGCAGCAUCAUCUCAUCGCUGGUCGCAAAGGAGCGUGUCGGCUUGCUAUAUACCGUUAUCAGUGUAAUCGAAAGUAUAGGCUCAAUCGCUGCGGGACCGCUCUUAUUACAAUUCUUUAAUCUCGGACUUUUCUGGGGGGGCGUAUGGAUCGGACUACCGUUUAUAAUAGCAGCGAUAUUAUAUAUAGUAGCAUUAUUUAUUCUUAGCUUUGUAUAAAUCUCUAUUAAUAAAUAAAUAAUUGACAUA